CUCACUCACUCACAGACACACACACUCUUUCCAUGUAUCUCUCAAACUCUGCCUCCCUCUCUCUCUCUCUCCCUUUCUCCUUCUCUCCAUUCUCUCGCUCUCACUUACCCCUCUCCCUCUCUCUCUCUUUCUCUACCCUGCUCUCUUCUCUUCUCCUCUCUCUCUUUCUCAGAUACCUCUCUGGCUGAAGCUGUGGUAAAUAGAUGGCAGCGUGAGUCCAGAGGAUGAUGAGGCUUUCCUGCCAGUGGAGUCUGAGGUAGAUGCAAACGACCACCUGCGGUCACGGAUCGGACUGCCUCCCAAUGUCUCAGACUAUACUUCACUGCCCAGUCUCUGCCUGGCACUCGAAGCUGAAGCGCUUUAAGGUAGCAGCUCCUCGUUAGGCACAGAAAGUCUUUGGACAUAUUAAGGGAAUAAUGAAGAAUGGUGCUGAAGAGUACUGACUGAAGAGACCCUACAAAAACAAUGAAUGCCACGCACCAGCAUCACCAUGGAUCAUUCCACCUACGGAACCACAGCUCUGGAGCUCUGCCUUUCAGCAAUCAGCAGCCCCAGGCUAUGGUGGAGAGAAUACGUGGUUUGCCUGGGUGUUACGAGCAGCUGCUCAUCUCCACUGAGGUUUUCCUCACGCUGGGCAUCGUCAGCCUGCUGGAGAACAUCCUGGUUAUUGCCGCCAUCAUCAAGAACAAGAAUCUUCACUCUCCCAUGUACUUCUUCAUCUGUUCUCUGGCCGUUGCUGACAUGCUGGUCAGCGUCUCCAACGCCACUGAGACCAUUGUCAUGGCGAUGAUCACUGAUGGCAACUUGGGGAUUGGCGGUGGCAUGAUCAAGAGCAUGGACAACGUGUUUGACUCCAUGAUCUGUAGUUCCCUGCUGGCGUCUAUCUGGAGCCUGCUGGCCAUCGCUGUUGACCGUUACGUGACAAUCUUCUACGCGCUACGCUACCACAACAUUAUGACCGUACGCCGGGCUGCCGCCAUCAUCACCAGCAUCUGGACCUUCUGCACUGUGUCAGGCGUUCUCUUCAUCGUCUACUCGGAGAGCACUACCGUCCUCAUCUGCCUCAUCAUCAUGUUCUUCAGCAUGCUGGUGCUCAUGGCCUCGCUCUAUGUCCACAUGUUCAUGCUGGCGCGUCUGCACAUGAAGAGGAUUGCCGCUCUGCCGGGCAACGGCCCCAUCUGGCAGGCAGCCAAUAUGAAGGGGGCCAUCACCCUCACCAUCCUCCUGGGGGUGUUCAUAGUUUGCUGGGCGCCCUUCUUCCUCCAUCUCAUCCUCAUGAUCUCCUGCCCCAGAAACCCCUACUGUAUGUGCUUCAUGUCUCACUUCAACAUGUACCUCAUUCUCAUCAUGUGUAACUCUGUCAUCGACCCGCUGAUCUACGCCUUCAGGAGCCAGGAGAUGAGGAAGACCUUCAAGGAGAUCUUCUGCUGCUGGUAUGAUAUUACCUCUCUGUGUGUCUCUGUGUGAAAUUCCCAGCAGACACUGAACCUUAUGGAGAUACUGUAUGUGAACUGUUCAGGGACAGUUUCAAAGAAACAGUAUUAUAAUAUCUGUAAAUAAGGACAACUUUUCAUUUUUGCCUUAUGAGCCAAAUAACAAUUGCAAAAUAGUUGAACAUGACUUAAUGUAACGACAUGUUGAUAUAUUUAUCUCACUACCACACAAACUAUUGAGUCAACACAUGUAAUGGCUAUCAUUACAUAGAGAGGUUUGUGAAUAGUUUUUGCUUGUCUUUAUCAAGGAUUCCAAUCAUUUGGAUUCCUAUCUUUUUGAGAAAAACAUUUAUUACUUGUUAAAGAUUUUUUUUCUUCAAUAUUGAUAAAGAUGAGCAAAAAAUAAAUACAUGAAAAAUAAUAUAAACUCAGCAAAAAACAAACCUCUUCUCAACGUCAACUGCGUUUAUUUUCAGCAAACUUAACGUGUAAAUAUUUGGAUGAACAUAAGAUUCAACAACUGAGACAUAGACUGAACAAGUUCCACAGACAUGUGACCAACAUAAAUGGUGUAAUGUGUCCCUGAACAAAGGGGGGGGGGGGUG